CCUCAGAAACAUGGCGGGCGCCGUGAAUGUGGGGAAAAAAGAGAGAGAGACGAGUAACAGCAUCAAUAAAUCAUUCUCGUCCAAUGUUGUUCCCGGGAGAUUUCUGAUGGAUGAAAUUAAGCACUUCCAUCUCCAUCUCCCACCUGAUCGCGCGCUUAUAAAUCCCAGCAGCUGAUCAGCAGAGCUCAGACAUCAAACCGACACCGCGCGAGCAGAGGAAGCAGCGGACACCUCUCCCUCUCUCUCUCUCUCUCCCCUCGCUUUCACAGCAACAACAACAAUAGCUUCUCCGGAAACCUGCACGCAUUUAAAGCUGCCCAUUUUUGGAGCGCUUCCAUUUGGGUCUAAGCGCACUUUGACACUCGGGCUCGGGGAGGCGGAUCUGCUGCUGUCCAGUGCUGAAGUUGCAUUUCGCCUGUGCAGAACGGAUCGUGCACAGCUGAAGCAACGGAGCUUCCUCGUCUUUCCUCCCGCUCAGGUGACUUUCAGCCCUACAGGACCAACUCUUCUAUUGUGCGGUGGAUAAAGAGAGGAUAACGUGCUGGAAGAGGAUUUCAGCUCUGCGCUCUAAACAUGCCAAGGUCUUUUUUGGUGAAAAAGGUGAAGCUAGAUGAUUUCUCAUCCACGGAACUUGAGAGCGCGUACGGCAGGUCCAGGACCGAUCUUAGCUUUCGGAUACACGACAAAGGCUACAUCAGUGACUACAUCACCCCGGCCGUUUAUGAUGGAGAAAGUGACGGUGGCACUAAAGUACCUUCCCCGGGACCCAUCUAUGACAGCAACCACAGUGACUACGGAGCACCUGACUCGGACCAACCGGACAGCCCGCAGUCAGAGAUCACGUCCGGGUACAUCAACGGUGACAAUGCGGUGAGCGAAGGUUACACCGUGGACGCUUUCUUCAUCACGGAUGGCAGGUCCCGUCGGAAGGUGAUCAGCAGCUCACGGACCCUCCAGAGGCACACGUGCAACGAAUGUGGCAAAACCUACGCGACGUCUUCCAACCUGAGCAGGCACAAACAGACGCACCGGAGCCUGGACAGCAAGAUGGCCAAAAAGUGCCCGACAUGUGGGAAAGUGUACGUGUCCAUGCCAGCCAUGGCCAUGCACCUGCUCACCCAUGACCUCAAGCACAAGUGUGACAUAUGUGGGAAAGCGUUCAGCAGACCUUGGCUACUGCAGGGCCACAUGCGCUCUCACACGGGCGAGAAGCCCUUUGGAUGUGCACACUGUGGGAAAGCGUUCGCCGACCGCUCCAACCUGCGGGCGCACAUGCAGACCCACUCCGCGUUUAAGCAUUACAAAUGCAAGCGAUGCAACAAAACUUUCGCACUCAAGUCCUAUCUGAACAAGCACUACGAGUCGGCGUGCUUUAAAGGCGCGUUCUCGCCGCUCGCGUCCGUCGAGGCGUGACUUCCGGUCUGUAAACGCACACUCCCCCCCUUCCCGUCACGUGUUAGGAUGAUUACGCUAUCUUACCCAGUUAUGUCUCACAAUCAAAAUGAAACCGAAUAAUAGCACAAUUUUAUCAAUUUUUUUCUGUUUCUUUUGCAAAGUUGACCUUAAAGGAAUAUGGGACCUUCGCAUGCACUUCAGCAACCAUGUCCUUAAAUGACAUUCAGACAAUUCACCUCGACGCCGUGCGCAACACUUGACUAUGACUGGCAUCGAAUGAAGGUUUGAGUGACACCAUGUUCCUCAUUAAAAUAAAACUCUUUUGUAUUGUCAGUGGAUAUUAUCACACUGCUGCAAGUGGCCCAAACGUAUUCACAAUCGAGGUAAACCGGUAUUUAUUUAUUUAUUUAUUUAGUUUUUUAAAAUAUUUAUUAUUUGUUUGUUUUAAUUACUUCAUCUAGGAUGUAUGAUUCUCUAUGAUGCACUGAAAGUGUGAUAUUUUUUUUUUGGACAUUUUUCUUUCUGAAUAAUGUUGCCUUUUGGGUUACACCAGUCUUAUUAACACGCCAAAGCAUUUAGAUCCAUGGUAAUAAUUGAAGAAAAAAAUGUUUUUUUGUUUGUUUGUUUUGAUUAUCUUUUUGUAUACCUACAUACUGCAUGCAAAAAGAAAAGAAAUCUAUGCCAAUACCACAAAGCUUAUAAUUUUGCCAAAAUGUAGAGAUAGUAUCAGGGGGAAAUAUUUCUAGGGGUUCUCUUAAGAAUAUAAAAAGCAAUAAUCAUAAUGCAUGGUAUUUUUGAAAGUAAUAAAGUAUUACCUAUAGCAGUUUUUUCUAAAUCAGGUACGUUUUGAUCCAAUACUCUUAAUAAACAUUUAAAAAUGCCACAUCAGGGAAAAUGCCAAUGUAGAGUUUAGUGAGACUAAAUCCAUAAGUCUAAACCAUCUUCCUUUGCUCUCUGCUUAUGCACUGCCUGCCUCGAAUUUAACGUAGAUUUAGGAUGUAGGCCCAAAGUGCUAUAACUCCACUCUAAGCAAUUCAGAACCAUUCUCUAGAAGUGUUCAACAUGUAAUGUUUUUUUUUUCUUAAUGGUUCAACUUAAAGGGACACGCAAGGACAAAAAGGACUUGAGUG